AUGUCUCAACAACUAUUCAAUAAUGAUGAGCUGUAUGAAAUUCUCUCCUUCCUUCCAACGCCAUCACUUAUCCACUCGACAAGUCUUGUGUCCAAACAGUGGCUUUUACAAUCUCGGAAUAUUCCUUUAGCUAUUUCAUUCUACAAUCGGAAAAUGUUAAAUACUUUUAUUUAUUUUGAUGAUGAUCAGCAACAUGAAGAAUUGUUUGCUUUUGAAAGAAAAGAUCAAGUGGAAAUAAGAGAUUUAAAAAUUAGAUCAGUGAAGGCACAUUACAUGAAAGAUUCAAGUUUUAAAUUAUUAAAUUCGAGGAAGGAAUUUGAAAAUGUGGAAGAGUUGGAUUUUUCAUACUCGAAAUUUAAUAUUUGUAUAGAAUCUGGAUGGGGGGAUGAGAGAAAAGAGGAUGAGGAUGAUCAUUUUGUUUGGAAUUAUCCAAAAUUGAAGAGGUUUCGUUUGAAUGAAGUGAAACUUGGUGAAGAAUUGGUAAAAUCCAUUGCAAAUAGCUCAAGUUUGAGUAAUUUGCAAGUUUUAGAGUUGAAAUCAAUUAAUUUAGUGAGAUUUCAAGUGGAGCAUCUUACUUCUAGUGAAGUUUUGAAAAAUUUGACAGCUUUGGAUAUUUCUAGUAAUAUUUUAGAGGAAGAUGGAUGCGAAUUGAUAUUGACUAGCAAGUUUGCCGAAUCAUUGACAAGUUUAAAUAUGAACUCUUGCAGUCCUGAAUUCAAUGAAUUUACUCAGGGAAUAUCCCAAUAUUUCACAAGAAUUUUAUCCACAUUUCAAAAUCUGAAAGAUCUCAACUAUGGAAGAAAUUGUUUAAGAGAUGAAGAUUUACUGAAAGUUGAAAGUUUGAGAAAUUUAACCAGUUUAGACAUUAGCAUGAAUUAUAUUACUGAACAGUCAACUUCCUUCUUUGAAAAACCAAUAUUUAAUAAUCUAACGAAUUUUCAAUUUUUCUUUAACAGAACAGAUGAGGUUAAACUCUACGAAAUUGUGAUGAACAAUCCCACCACGAAUAAUUUAAACUCUAUCGUUAUGGUGAUUAAUGAUUUUAAAGAUGUCACUCCAACAUUUAUUGAACUAUUUGACAAUGAUUCCAUGUUAAACAUCAAGACACUAAAGGUAUUUGAUUACUUUGCAGACAACAGCUUCCUAAGAAAGCCAAUAUUUGAUAAUCUGACAACUCUAAAACUUGAUUUUGAUUCUUUACAAAAAACCUUUUUUAAUUUGGAAAAUUGUAAAUUUUUGAAACAUUUAAUUUAUUUGGAUUUGGCUUACUUUUCAGGAAUUGACUUUAGGUCUCUGGAUAAGUUUGCAUGCAAUUUGAGAAGUCUCAGGCUAGAAAACUGUUCAAUAGAUAUGAAAGUACUUGUGGCUUGCAGUUUUCUUCCAAAUAUUACUGACCUUUCUUUGGAAUGGUGUAUACUUUCGGGUAACGAUAUUAGAAUAUUUGCUGAAUGUGGGAAAACAGAACAAUUGACAAAAUUGACUUUGGAUGAACCUGUCAUUACGAAUAUUAAUUGCAUUGCAAAUAAUCCAGAAAAUUUUAAAAGUUUGGAAUUGUUGAAAGUGAAUUGUGCCCUACAACAUGAAAAUUUUAAACUAUUUCCCAAAUUGACCAAACUAAAUGACCAAUCCAUGUUUUAA